AUGACAUCUCUUCAUCCAUUCUCAGUGGAAUCCCUGAUACAACCUGAAAUCUCGACGCAAUCUACUCAACAACGACUUCUCCAGCUAUGGGCAUUAUGUUUGACGGCCAAGUCAGCGGGUCUGAUACAACAAAACUCAACCGAUUCUAGUGAUAAUUCGUGCAAUGGUGAUGAUAACAAAGAGAAACAUAAGAUAUUUGAAUGCAAAGAGUGUGGAAAGAGAUUUACUGCACAUUACAACUUGACCAGACAUCUUCCUGUACAUACGGGAGCAAGGCCGUUUGUUUGUAAAGUAUGUUAAAUUGUUAUGUUUCAUCUAUCAUUUUGCUUUCAGGUGUGUGGAAAGGCAUUUAGACAAGCUUCAACGCUUUGCCGACACAAGAUAAUACAUACUGAAGAGAAGCCCCAUCAAGCAAGUUACCUUCUUUUAUAUUAUACAUGUCCCAAAUGUGUACUCCAUGUUUAACUAAUCUGUGUUUCAGUGUAAGAUCUGUGGUAAGUGUUUUAAUCGGUCCUCAACUCUCAACACCCAUGUCCGUAUCCAUUCAGGUGAGGGCUUUUCUCUUUUCCUCAGGCCAUUUAAUGCCGAACUUAAACCGGAAGGAUGGAAUUAAGGUCUUCAGAAUUAUAUUUUCAUGCCCUUAAAUCAGAGAUCUCUUAGCCAGUCCAGUUCUUGGACUGAUUUCUGAGUUUCCCAAGCACCAAAAAAUUUCCGGUGUCCGUGGUUUUACUGGAACCGUAUGCUCCCAAUGUACUUAUUUACUAUCACAACUAUCUUCAAUAUGAAUGGGAUUAAUGAUAACGUUUCCAGGAUUCAAACCAUACGUCUGCGAAUUCUGCGGGAAAGGGUUCCAUCAGAAUGGGAACUACAAAAACCACAAGUUAACCCAUUCGAAUGAGAAGAGAUACAAAUGUGAGGUGUGUCAGAAGGCAUUCCAUCACUCCUACAACCUCUCCUUCCACAUGCACAUCCACAAUCAGACCAAGCCAUAUCAAUGUGAGCUCUGCGCCAAGGGAUUUUGCAGGAAUUUCGAUCUCAAGAAACACAUGCGGAAGAUACAUCAAGUCGAACCGAACAGUACAAAGUAA